CUUUGGAGCUAUUGGAGGGUACCCCGUCUCUACCCUUAUGGGACGCAAGCUUGGUAUCUUUUUGGCUUCUGCGAUUUUCUUGGUUGGUGCUGUAAUUCAGUGUGUUGCUAAGGGAUCAAUUGGAUUUGGACCCAUCUACGCUGGACGUGUCAUCGCUGGUUUCGGAAUCGGUAUGGCGUCCAACAUUGUUCCGGCUUACGUUACUGAGAUCGCCCCUCCUGCUAUUCGUGGUCGUUUGGUCGGUUUCUACGAGAUGGGAUGGCAGAUUGGUGGUCUUGUCGGGUUCUGGAUCAACUACGGUGUCUCUACCACCAUGGAGAUCAGCCACAUCCAAUGGCUCAUUCCAUUCAUCGUGCAGAUCAUCCCUGGCGCGAUUAUGUUGAUUGGAAGUUUCUGGCUCCGUGAGUCUCCUCGUUGGUUGCUCAACCGUGGUCGUUCGGAGGAAGCUAUUCGCAACCUCUGCUGGAUCCGUAACUUGGGCGAAGGUGAGCGCUACGUCCAGGAAGAACUCGCAAUGAUGGAAGCACAGAAGGAAUCCCAGCGCCAAUCCAUUGGUCUCGAUUUCUGGGCUCCUUUCCGUUGUAUCUGGCGCAACUCUCACAUCCGCAACCGUCUCCUCCUCGGUGCCUCCUUGUUCGCCUGGCAAAACGGAACCGGUAUCAACGCGAUCAACUACUACUCCCCCACCGUCUUUAAGUCCAUCGGGUUGACCGGAACCAACACCGGUCUCUUCUCCACCGGAAUCUUUGGUGUAAUCAAGACUACCGUCACAAUUAUCUGGAUUCUCUACCUCAUCGAUAUCGUCGGUCGCCGUCGUCUCCUCCUUAUCGGUUCAUUCGGUGGUGCGAUCUGUAUGUACGCGGUCGGCGCCUACAUCGCCAUCGCAAACCCCUCCAAGAAUCCAUCCGCCACCGUCCCCCCUGGCGGUAUCGCAGCCAUGUUCUUCUUCUACAUGUGGACCGUAUUCUACACCCCAACCUGGAACGGCGGUCCCUGGGUCAUCAACGCCGAAAUCUUCGACCAAGGUCUCCGCGGCUUAACCCAAGCCGUCUGUGCCUCCUCAAACUGGUUCUUCAACUUUAUCAUCGCGCGCUUCACGCCGCAGAUGUUCAACUCCAUGGGAUUCGGGGUGUACAUGUUUUUCGCAUCGUUGAUGAUUUUGAGUAUUCCGUACGUGUACUUCUUGAUUCCGGAGACGAAGAGUGUGCCGCUUGAGGAUAUGGACUAUUUGUUUGGCAAGGGAAUGAGGCCGUGGAAUGCACAUGAGAAGGUGAUGAGGAGGGUUAGGGAGAGGGCGGAGGAGAGGGAGAUGAAUGAGAGGCAGAGGACGCCGGAUGACAUGCAUAAGAUGAAGGGAGAUGUGCGGGAGCUUGAGAGGAAGGGGACUUCGUCGCCGGCUGAUUCGGUGUAAGUGGGUGUUACUGGUGUUAAGUUGGUAUUUACUGGGUUUAAUUCGCAUUUUCAAUGAGUCAAUAUCUUGGGUAUGAGAUUGGGAAUAGCUAAAAGGGGGUU